AGCCUACAUGCUAAUAUUAACAAAACAAUCACUUUCGUUUUAGGCUAUAUAUUACAAUAUCUCUAAACUGUUUUACCGUUUUAAUCAAUGUUUUUAUUUUUGUUUGUCGCCGCACCCAGACUUAAAUUCUCCUAUUGGCUAUAAUAAAUUAGCCUAAUAGCUAAAUAAAAUAAAAUUAGAUCAAUUCGAUUUUGACUGAAUAGAUCGAAUUUAUAAGCUUUUUCUAACUCCCUCUGGCCUAUAGCCUAUAAUAGGAAACAUAUAUAGGCGCCUAUAUAAUUUUUUAAGCAAGUAGAAAACAGGUUUUAUAUGUAUUUAAAAUGGAUUUAAAGGGAGUGAUGGUGAAAAUUAGAAGUGGGAGCACACAUGCUAUUCUGAACACGAGAUCAUCAUACAUUUUUGUUUUGAGACAAUAAAACAUUUUUUGUGCGAAUUUUAGGGCUCAUUGAACGCUGUUUUAAUUUUGCGAUUUUGUUAACUUUAUAUUCUCUCUCUCUCUCUUUAGACUAUAGCCUAACAUAUAGCCUAAUUGUUUUAAGCAUCUUUAAAAAAAAUCCGAGUUAAUUUCUUAUGGGGAAAAAUUAAAUUACACAGCUAAAAAUAUGUUAUUCCACAUUCCACAGUAGUAGGCUGUUAUUACCUUCUUUCUUUUUUUUUUAAAUACCCUUGUAUAAACUGCUCAUAUCUGUGGUUCAACAAGCAGCGUGAAGGUGGGAGAUGUGACGCUUGUAAUCCAAUUGCUUAUCAGCAACAGACAAACAAAACAAUUCACCUUUUAUCUACAUGUCUUAACCAAAUAGAACAGGAAUAAUGCGUGUGAAUGCAUUAAUUUAUCAAUUAUUCCGUUUUAUGAUAAAUUUUGUUCACAAUAUAAUAAAUUGGAACCUGUUUAAACGAAGUUGCACAAUAAAGUGCAUAAAGUGAUGUCGAUACCAUCAAGAACAACUCAUUAAGAGCAUAUUACUGAAACAAAGUUUACUUAAUGUGGCAUGAAUAUAAAACAUGAAUAUGUAGGCCUAGUUCUAUUUUGCAUUGUAAAUACUCAACACGCAUAAUAGCUAAUGUUACUGGAUGUUACUCCUAAACAAAAUUACAGAUUAUUUUAGGCUACAUUUCAUAUUAUAGAUUUUUAAAGGUUUGAUUGAAGUUAAAAGUUUUCAUUAAGAUUUUAUUUGAAGUUUGUGCAACUUUGGAAAAUGCACGCACAUCUCCCAAACGUGUCCUCACCCAAUGAGAAAACCAAGUUCAUUUACAAAGUCAGCUGUGGCUUAUUGUCUCAGGUGACCAAUGGGAGAGGAGGUGGUUAAGACCCCAGCCUCCAACUCCGAUUGAUUAGGAAAACCUGUGUGGGACGGGAUCAGAGUUGAGAUUGGGAAGAGUUGGUGAGUUCUGGGUCAUUCUAAAGGCCUAAUUGAUGGCAAUCACACAAAAACUGCGCGCAUUUCAGCACAGGCUGAAGUUGGGACGCACAAUCUGAGGCUUAGAGGUUUGUUUUAGUUCGCUCAUUUUAAAAAGAAAACAUCUAGGCAUGAAGCCACUGGUCGCCGAUUAUUGAUUAUCAAACUAGAAGUCUCGACGCUUUUUUUGUUUGAAAUCCAAAGAACUUUUUUGUGGGAAGAUGACGGAGAGACCGCAGAGCCCGACGGGAGCAGACUGCAGACCUUACGAGGUCAACAGGGCCAUGUAUCAUCAAGCCCCGGGCCUGGAUGGACUUGGCGGUGCGUCCUUGCAGUUCGCGCACGGCAUGCUUCAGGAUCCAAGUCUGCUUUUCAACAAAGCCCAUUUCAACGGAAUCAGCUCUGGGACACACCAAACCUUCUUCCCAUUUUCUGGAGAUUUUAAAACGAGCGAUUUGCAAGGUAGUGAUUUUGCGCAACCCAAACACUGGUACCCGUUUGCUGCCCCCGAGUUCACCGGGCAGGUGGCGGGCGCGACGGCAGCCACCCAACCAGUAAACAUAAGCCCGCCUAUCGCCGAAACCAGGGAACAAAUCAAGAUGCCAUCUGAAGUAAAAACCGAGAAAGAUAUUGAUGAAUUCUCCAGUGAAGAAAACAAGCCGCCGUCACAAUAUCAUCUCACUCCCGGUACGUCAUCCGUCCCCACAGGGGUGAAUUAUUACGCACCCUGGAACCAUUCGUUUUGGCCUGGACUGGCACAUAUCACGGCCCCCGCUAAUAUUUCUCAAGCUCCCCCGACUCCAUCGGCAUCAUCUCCCUCUCUGUCUCCUUCCCCACCCGGAAAUGGGUUCGGAAGCCCAGGGUUUUUCAACGGAGGCUCCGCGCCAAACAUCUCCGGUCAGGCGCAGGGCCCAGUCAGGAGCAGCGGGUCCUCCAGUGGAGGCUGCAGUGAUUCUGAGGAGGAGGAGAAUCUGACCACAGAAGACUUGGAGCAGUUUGCUAAAGAGCUCAAACACAAACGCAUCACUCUUGGCUUCACGCAGGCAGACGUGGGACUCGCUCUUGGAAACUUGUACGGCAAAAUGUUCAGUCAGACGACUAUCUGCCGCUUUGAGGCUCUCCAACUUAGUUUCAAGAACAUGUGUAAACUGAAGCCACUGCUACAGAGGUGGUUGAAUGAGGCCGAGAAUUCCGAAAACCCGCAGGAUAUGUACAAAAUAGAGCGGGUGUUCGUUGACACAAGAAAAAGAAAGCGGAGGACCAGUUUGGAAGGCACGGUCCGUUCUGCUCUCGAGUCGUAUUUUGUGAAGUGUCCCAAACCCAACACUCUAGAGAUAACGCACAUAUCCGACGACCUAGGCCUGGAGAGAGAUGUAGUACGUGUGUGGUUCUGCAAUCGUAGACAAAAGGGAAAGCGCCUAGCAUUGCCCUUUGACGACGAAUGUUCCGAAGUCCAGUAUUAUGAGCAGAGUCCACCACCUCCGCACCACAUGGUUGGCGCAUCCCUCCCAGGGCAAGGCUAUCCUGGACCAGCCCAUCCCGGAGGAGCCUCUGCCCUGUACAUGCCAUCCCUCCACCGACAGGAGGUCUUUAAAAACGCUCUGCAUCCCGGACUGAUGGGUCACCUCACCAGCUAACCGGCUACAGAUGCCCGCUAAAAGUUUAUAGAAAUGCUCCGAGCCAAGCUAUGGGUCAAAUAAGUCAUACGAUUUAUUUUUAUGUGACCAUUGCAUCUGUUUAUUUGGUUCUUUCCGUUCAUGCCUUUGGACACUCUUAAUUGAAUAGUGUCUGGUUUAGACUUUACCAUGCACACUAGCAGCCUGAUGGAUCUUUGUUUAAUGGGUGCUUUGUUGAAUGCGUUUGCACAUGAAGUCAUGGGUUCAGAUGAUUUUUAUAGUUUUUAUGGCUUUUUACUCGUGUAUCAGUUUUUAUGUACUUAUGUUUGUCUUUUAUUGUUCAAUAUUUGGUAGCUUUGUCAAUUUUCUCAUUACCUUUCUGGGCAGCAUAUUCAAGACCUCAUGAACUUGUAUUUUGAGUAAUUGCUGAAUUUGUAAAGAGAUGGAUUUUUUUUUAAUUUUUUUUUAUUGUUUUUAUUUUUUUCCAAUCACAAUUUGGAGACAUUCAGAUGGUCCACAAAGAACAUCAAUCAUUGUUCUUUUUCUCGUAUUUGCACUCUCCCAUCUCCAGUAGAAAAUAAUUCUGUGUAAUCUCUUUUUAUCAGGGUAAUUAUAUAAGAAAUUUGCUGCCAGUUUAAAAAGCCUCUGUGUGGAGGUCAUGUGCCUUAUCUUUUGGUGUUUGUAUCAUGCAUGCUUAUCCCUGUGCAAUGUAAAUGAAAGCCAUAUCUGAUAAUUUAUUGAAAUCCUGUUCUUCAGUUAACACAAUAUCUUCUGGGUAACAAUUAAACCAUUUCCAUUGACAGUCAAUUCUAGUUUGU